AUGGAAUGCGACCGCCGUCCAAAUGUUUUGUGCUGGGAUGGAGUGCCAACCAUAACCACUACUACAGCUUCCACGACUUCUGGUGAAACUACUACCGAGGCUCAAGAAGAGGAAACAACAACUACUGCAACUUCCACGACUUCUGGUGAAACUACUGCUACCGAAGGCCCAGAAGAGGAAACAACAGAAACAGAAUCCGAAGCGCCACCAACAACUGCCGGCCCUCCGAAUUUCACUGAUAUGUGCAGAGGCAUUGUGGUGGACCUAUUGGCUCACCCAACUGAUUGCACCCAAUUUGUAGUUUGUGUCCUGGGGCGCUAUACUUUGGAACAGUGUGGUGAAAAUCAAAUCUUCUAUCCUCAGAUUCGUGUCUGUGGGUAUGGAAAUCCCGAAGAAUGCUGA